AUGGUCUGGGAGGGUGUCCCGACGGCGUUUGCCCUGCAUUACCCUUAUGUCGUCGCCUUCGAGCCCACGUUCAUGGAGGUCCACCAUGUCGAGACUGGGCAUCUCGUCCAGAUCAUUCCCGACAACAACAUCCGGUGCCUCUUUGCCGAUACCCCUCCUCCAUCCCAAGUCAACGCCCCUUCCCCUCCCGACCGUAUGUACCCCGGUCAAGCUGAAGGAGCAUACGGCCGUCACCCGAUCAUUCCCGGCAACAACAUCCGGUGCCUCUUUGCCGAUACCCCUCCUUCUCGAGUCAACGCCCCUCCCCCUCCCAACCGUAUGAUGUACCCCGGUCAAGCUGGAGGAGCAUACAGCCGUCCCCCGCCCCACCCCGGAUAA